UCAUCUCCCUGUACUUAUAAAACGUUCUUCCAAGAAGAAGUCGCUUCCAAGCUCAAAGCUGGUUUUCUCUCUUUCAUUUCCAUCCAUCGCUGCGCUUUUUAAGUAAUCCGGAAAUGGGGGAAGAAGGUUGCAAGAUUGCAAAGGAUGUUAGUGAAUUAAUAGGUAAUACUCCAUUGGUAUAUCUCAAUAACGUUGUGGAUGGAUGUGUCGCCCGGAUUGCUGCUAAGCUGGAGAUGAUGGAGCCAUGCUCCAGCGUCAAAGACAGGAUUGGGUAUAGUAUGAUCGCCGAUGCAGAGGAGAAAGGGCUUAUCACACCAGGGAAGAGUGUCCUGAUUGAGCCAACAAGUGGUAACACGGGGAUUGGGUUGGCCUUCAUAGCAGCGACUAAGGGUUACAAAGUCAUCCUUACCAUGCCAGCCUCCAUGAGCCUUGAGAGAAGAAUCAUUCUCCGAGCCUUUGGAGCCGAGUUGGUCCUUACAGACCCCGCUAAGGGCAUAAAGGGCGUACUUCAGAAGGCUCAGGAGCUGUUGGAAAAGACACCCAAUGGUUAUAUUCUUCAACAGUUUGAAAAUCCUGCCAACCCGAAGAUUCAUUAUGAGACAACUGGACCGGAGAUUUGGAAAGGCUCGGGCAGGAAAGUUGAUGCUCUUGUUUCUGGUAUUGGAACUGGGGGUACAAUAACAGGUGCUGGGAAAUUCCUCAAAGAGCAAAAUCCUGCGAUCAAGCUGUAUGGAGUGGAACCAGUUGAAAGUGCAGUUUUGUCUGGAGGAAAGCCUGGCCCACAUAAGAUCGCAGGUAUUGGUGCUGGUCUUAUUCCUGAUGUUUUGGAAGUUAACCUUAUCGAUGAAGUUAUCCAAAUCUCAAGUGAUGAAGCUAUUGAAACCACAAAGCUUCUUGCGCUGAAAGAAGGAUUACUGGUUGGGAUAUCAUCUGGAGCGGCUGCUGCUGCUGCAAUUAAGAUUGCAAAGAGGCCAGAAAAUGCUGGGAAGCUCAUUGUCGCGGUUUUCCCCAGCUCCGGAGAGCGCUAUCUGUCAACUGUGCUAUUCGAGUCUGUGAAGCAGGAGGUAGAGAACAUGGUUUUCGAACCGUGAAAGGCUUUGCUUCUUUUGGGCCAUGUAAUGCUUGUUUCAAUAAAAUCUGUAAAAGCCUUUUGAAGGUUGUAAUUAGAAGACAGGUGCAGUCAUAGUAGGAUUAGCAGUGGAAAUGGAGUUGCUGUUAUCAAUCAAGAACAGAAGAUUUUAGUGUAUAUUUGCUGCACACAUUCCACUUGGCAGGUGUCUGUAAUGGAUCCGGGCCGCUUGUUAGGUGGGCCACAAGUGUAAGCUGAACAUACACCAUAGGUAAACGUUCAUUUUUCUUA